AUGACUGCCGGAGACAUCGUGGAAAAGCUGCCGGCGAAGCAGGCCGAGUCGGCGGAGGAAAGCAACAGCGCCUCCGAGCGGCUAGCCGACCACUUGUCUGAUGAGAACUACAUUGAGCAGCAGGACCAACAGUUGCGCGAUAUUGAGCAAGAGACAAAAAUGGUACCUCUCAUCGGCCCGAAGAUACCUUUCGACGUGGUGGUGCAAGAGUAUACGCCUCACGAAACGCCAGAAUUCUAUUUCAAGGCCAGCGACUUGUCGGACACGUACGCGUGGAUACGCCCGAUGCGCCGUGACGGCAACUGCUUCUACCGCGCCGUACUUGCCGCCCAAGUCGAGCGAAUUGUGCGUGAUCCGGAUGAGCUGAGACGCUUCGACGCGGUGUGUAAGGGCUGGAAAGACCGGCUGCUGAGACUCGGCUUCCAGGAGAUGACCACCACCGACUUCUGCGAUGUGUUCUACGAGCUGUUGAAUCAAAUCCUGGCCCACGAAUUGACGCUUGGCAGGCGGCUGGCCAAGUGCAACCAGGACGAGUACUCCAACUAUUACGUCAUAUUUUUGAGACUCGUCGCUUCCGGCUAUCUGAAAGAGCACGCCGACGAGUACGCACCGUUCAUCGACAACGGCCUGCCACUGGAGCAGUACUGCGCCCAGGAGAUUGAGACAAUGUGGCGCGACGUCGACCAUUUGGCCAUUCAGGGACUCGUCAGCGGACUGGGCCUGUCCCUUCGCAUCGAGUACCUCGACCAGACGGCCGUCCCCAACGGUGGCACACACUACGACAUCCCGGCGGACCCGGCGCACCCACCGCCGGUCGUGCUCCUCUACCGCCCCGGCCACUACGAUCUCAUCUUCCGCCGU